CCAUGGCGGGGCAGCGGCCGGGCAGUUUCCCGCUGCUGGUGCGCGGCGACUGGGGCGCCGCCGAGGCCUCGCCCGCCCUGAGGAAGAAGCUGCUCUGCUACUUCCAGAGCCAGCGGCGCUCGGGGGGCGGCGAGUGCGAGUUGCGCGCCAGGAGCGGAAUCGGGACAAGGGGGGACCUCCUCGUCUACUUCGCCCAGCCCGAGGAAUCACAUGAGAUACUGGAAGUGGAAAAAGAAACAUCUAGGAAAUCUGCCAUAGUAGUAACCACUGCCUCUGGGGAGAAAAUAGAAGAUGAAAUUGUGGAAAUGUACUUUGAAAAUAAAAAGAAGUCUGGUGGGGGCACCAUCGAGUCCUUCGUCAAAAAGGAUGAGCAAAUUAUCAUCACCUUUCAGGACGAGGAAGAUGCCCAAGAAGUUUUGCAGAGGAAGCACCACUCAGUGAAUAAAAUUGAUCUCUUGGUGAACCCGUGGCAAGCAGAGACUCUCCAGGAGCCAUGCCAAGUGGAGGACUCUCAACAAUCCCAGCCUUCCUCCAUAGUUCUGCUGGAAAACGUGCGGGAGACAGUAAAAGAUUGCGUCUUAAUUAUGCUGAUAGAGAACAUCAGUGGCUUGUCAGAGGAUGAUGGGGACUUCAGUGUGGAAAUGAUUCCUGAAAUACAUGCUGCUGUUGUUACUUUUACUCAAAAUAUUGCUGCAGGGGAAUUUGCUAGAAAGCUUAACCAAAACCACAGAGCAAAGCAACAAAAUAUUACUGCCCGGUGCCUUGAGUUAACAAGAAGUGUUAGGGCUGAAAAUAUACCACCGAACACAGCCACUGACUAUAUAACUGUCUACUUUGAAAACAAGAAGAAUGGAGGUGCACAAGUGGUGGAUGUUCAGCAGCUGCCUGAUGAAGAUGCAGCUAUCAUUACAUUCAGUGACCAUAAAGAUGUAACCAAGAUCUUGGCAAAGCAGCAUUUGCUCAACAAAACACCAAUCUCUGUCUAUCCUUACUACAUCUCGCUGGGGAUAGCACUAUAUGGAAAGGAAGGGCCACAAGUAAAGAAGCCAGAUCCAAUUACAGUGCCUCUGGAUCAGUAUAUCUGGAAAUAUUUGCAGACAAAUAAUAGUCUAACUAAGGCAAUAAGUUGUGAAAUGGCAAAGUGUAAUUGUGUCCUAACGUGGCCUGAACCCCAGUGUGUAAACCCCAAAGUUACUCUGCAUCCUUCAGCUGCUUUGUCUGAGCAGAAGAGAUCAGUAUUUCAAUUGAUCAAGACGUGGAAUGAAAGUGUUUCUGCAGCAUUUUCACGUAGCAUAUCAAAGUACAAAGCAAUUCAAUGUCGAGUAAGCGCAGAGGUGUGGGAAGCCAUUAGAAACAGCUAUACCCAUGAUGAAGUUAUGAUAAUCCCAUGUAUUUCCAAGAAUUUGCUUGUUCUAGUGGGUGAAGAAGUUGUUGUGAAGAGUGCUGAAAAAGAACUGAAGGUUCUGAUAGAAAAGGCCACCAGAAAAAUUGAAAGAGAAAAGCAAAGAACUGAAGAAAUAGUGGUAAUGAGUCCAGGGGAAUAUGCAAUUGUGCAGAGUACUGGUCUUGAAGAAAAAAUUUGUACGGAGUUCCCGGCCCUGCAGAUAACUUAUGAUCAUUUGCAGAAGAUAAUUAACUUAUGUGGAAUGCCUGAGGAAGUUUAUAAAGCAAAAGGGGAAAUAUUAGACAAUAUACGCAAAAUGGCAAAGAAAACGGUUAGUAUCCACCCACAUAUUUUCAAGUUUUUAGAGCAUAUUGAUAAUGAAACCCUGUCACAGAGCCUGUUUAUGUCAAAACAAAUUAGUGCCUUUUAUGAGCUUAACGCAGAAGCUAUCAUCUUGGAAGGGAGUACUCCUGAAGAUCUCCGAAAGGCAGAAGAAGAAAUAAAGAAAGAACUGGACUACAAAAGCAUUACUUUGGAGGAUGAGUCAGUCCUCCAGAAGAAGGAAUGGAGUAUGCUCACCAAGGAAAACUGCACUAAUGAAGCUGUAACAGUCAGUCACGUAGAGAACCAGGUCAUCAUUGCUGGUUGUUCUCAAGCAGUAGCAAAAGCCUUUGAGGAACUUUCCAACUUUAUAGACGAAAACACACAUGUACAAAAGGUCAUCAGAGGAAGGCCCACGGUGGUCAUGAUGUUUUUUGAGAAAGAGAAGAGCAGUAUUUGGGGUGACUUGCAGAAUAAAGGUGUGAAAGUUGAAUUUAGCACGCAGAAUAAACGUAGAGUUGUAUCCUUGAGUGGGAUGAGAAGAGAAGUGAUGAAGGGAGCCACCUUAGUUGAGCAAAUUCUGUCCGGCCUGCAUUGGAAGCGUGUGCUAAUUAAUGAGCCAGGAGCCAAGCCAUAUUUCAAAGAGCGAGAACCCUUUUUUGCUGCCACUGCCAAACAAGAGUUUAAGUGUCUAGUCAGGCUGGAAGAGCAGCCAGAAGAACAGCUGGAAGAAGAGCAAGAACAUAGUAAUACAAGCAAGCCCUAUGGACAGGUGACCACAGGUGGAGUUGUCAUAGCAGUGUAUAAAGCUGACUUGAGCACUUAUCCUGUCGAUGUCGUGGUAAAUGCAUCUAAUGAAGACUUAAAACACGUCAGUGGCCUUGCAAGCGCGUUGUUAAAGGUGGCUGGUCCAGAGCUACAAGAGGAGUGUGAUGAGCUGGUGAGGAAGAACGGGCCUUUGCAGCCGGGGUGUGCAGUCAUCAUGGGCGCUGGGAAACUCCCCUGCAAGAACGUCAUUCAUGUCGUUGGGCCCAGGUGGAGGAAGGGGGAAGCAGAAAAGUGUGUGUUCUUGUUAAGAAAGGCAGUGAAGAAGAGCCUACAACUAGCUGAAACACGUAAUCAUCGUUCCAUAGCUCUGCCUGCUUUAGGUCGAGGGAGUUUGGGCUUUCCAGUGGAACUGUGUACGUAUUCGAUUGUAUCUACCAUCAGGGAGACCUUGGAAGAAUCCAGGGGAGACACCAGCUUGAAGGAGGUUCACCUUGUGGAUGUCGUACAUAGUAACAUUCAGGCUUUCUGCAAGGCACUGACAGAAGUGUUUGCAAAUGAUUUGCCUUCCUCCAGUUCACUGCCUCAGACCAGUACAGUUCCUCAGCCUAGGAAAAGAAAAACUAUUCCAAAGACCAAGAACCUCUCAUUGUUAACAACUGAGGAAGGCCUUAAGAUCAUACUGAAAAAAGGAAGCAUUGAAGAUGCUACAACGGAUGCUGUUGUCAAUAGUGUGCCCAGAGAUCUCCAGCUUGAUAAAGGGCCGCUCGCUAAAGCUUUGCUAAGCAAGGCAGGGCCAAUGCUUCAGACGGGCUUGAACGAAGAAGGCCAACGAAAACCAGCCCAGGAAGGCUCUGUGUUGAAAACAGAAGGAUACAAUCUGGGUUGCAGUGUUGUGCUUCACACUGUCAUACCUGCGUGGUCCCAGACAUCUUCACAGGUCUUGGGCUGCGUCAUCACAAAAUGCCUGCAGAUGGCUGAGGAUCUGUCUUUAAAGUCAAUUACUUUCCCAGCGAUUGGGACAGGGAAUUUAGGAUUCCCAAGGACUGUUGUUGCUAAAUUACUGUUUGACAAAGUGUUAGAAUUCAGUAGUAAAAAUAAAGUAAAUUCACUUGAGGAGGUUCACUUUCUGUUGCACCUGAAAGACACAGCUAAUAUUCAGGAAUUUUCAGAUGAACUGGAAAAGAGAAGUGGAAAUACUGUAGAUGCUGAAGCACAGAACGCUUCUCCCAGUAAGGCUAGUGAAGGCACAGCUCUCCCUGGUACCUCUUCAGCCCCGGUACAGGAUGUACAUGAGAUGACGAUUGGCUCCGUGGUGUUCCGGGUGGCCAAAGGCGAUAUCACCAAAGAAGAUGCAGAUGUCAUUGUAAACGUAACCAACCAAACCUUCAACCUCAAAUUAGGUGUCUCUCAAGCAAUUCUGAAUGGUGCUGGAAAAGCGGUUGAAGAUGAAUGUGCUCAACUAGCCUUGCAGCAGAACAAGGGCUAUAUCACCACCCAAGCAGGAAAGCUGCCAUGCAAAAAUAUAAUUCAUUUUGUUGCCCACGAUGAUAUCAAGUUUCUUGUCACCACAGUGCUUCAGGAGUGUGAAUUACAGAAGUACACCUCUGUCACCUUCCCAGCAAUUGGAACAGGUGAGGCAGGCCGUGAUCCAGCUGAGGUAGCUGACGACAUGAUAGAUGCAGUAACUGACUUUGCAAGGAAUAACUCUGCUCCAUCUGUGAAAACUAUUAAAGUUGUCAUCUUUCAGCCGCAUCUGAUGAGUGUGUUCCAUAAAAGCAUGCAGAAAAGAGAAAGGCCUGCUAGACCAGCAUCCACAUCAUUCAUUUCCAAGUUGAAGUCACUCUGGAGCCCCGAGAAACCUUCCCCAAAGGUAAAAAGCAAACGGGUUUUGGAGAAGAAAAUUGACGUGGCUGUUGUGCAGAUCUGUGGUGAAAACAAAAAGAAAGUGGAAGAAGCUGAAUACUGGUUGAAAAAUGCGAUUUUGAAGGAACAGUUUCAAAGAGACAUCACAGAUGAGUUUAUCUCUCUUUUUGGUGACGCUGAGAUUGAGGAACUGUGUGGCCUACAAAAGAAAUAUAGAAUUGCUCUUUCUUUGGAUGGUAACUCUGUUCAAAUUUCAGGUAUUGGGCAAGAUGUCUGGAUUGCUUAUUCAGAUAUUCAGGCAAUGAUUCACAGGGUCAAAGCUGCUAAACAGGACGAGAUGAGGGCAGGACUUUUACAAGGCUUAAUUGAGUGGAAAUAUUUUGGAAAGGAUUCCUAUAUGCCCUUUGAUAGUCUCACAAAUAUGCGCUUGGAAGAUGCUUUCAAAAGAAAGGAGGAAGACAUUUCAGUCGUCAUUGAUGGGAAUAAAUACACAGUGAAUUUAAAGGAUAGAUGUGCUGUGGAUGACCAAGGAAACAGUGUACUCGUUACACGUGUUGAUAAAUCUGAAGAUCAAGAGUCAACAGUUCUCCCUGCAACGUGGGACGAUAUGCAAAACCAGCUACUCAAGAUAGUGGAACUAAAACCAGAAACGAGAGAAUACAAAGAUGUGCAGAAAAAGUUUAUGGAGACCUGUUCGUCACUAAAAAUUGUAAAGAUUGAAAGGAUACAGAACCCAUUUUUUUGGAAGACCUACCAAAUAAAAAAGCGUCAAAUGGAUCACAAAAAUGGCAACACAAACAAUGAGAGGCUUCUGUUUCAUGGGACAAAUAAGGAGUCGUUAACCUUAAUUAACAACCGUGGAUUUGACCGGAGCUAUGCUGGAGUGCAUGCUGCAGCCUAUGGAAAUGGAACGUACUUUGCUGUUAACGCCAGCUAUUCUGCCAACGACAUCUACUCUAAACCAGAUGUGGAUGGGAAGAAGUAUAUGUACUUGGCUCGAGUCCUUGUUGGAGAAUAUUCCCAGGGGACACAAGGAGCAAUUACUCCAGCAGUAAAAAACUCUAGUAACUCUAUAGAGCUGUUUGAUAGUUCAACUGAUAACGUGAACCGGCCAUCCAUGUUCAUCAUAUUUAAUGACAUUCAAGCUUACCCUGAAUACCUUAUCACUUUCACUAGAUAAGCAUUUUGAUUGCAGCCAAGAUUGCAUGUCUUUCAGUCUUUGUGAAGGACAGAAACAGUUAUAACAAAAUACAUGAUGAAAACAGUAAAUAGUUUUAUCAAAUUAAAUUCUUAAAGUUGUUUAUUUUUAAGCAAUCUCUGGCAAUUUUUGAUAGCACUGAAAUAGGCUGCUUGUUUACAUUCAGCGUAGGUGAGCGCAUUUAACACUUGAGUGCAAUAUUCUACCAAAACCUGCUGUUAGAUUACAGUUCAAGCCUUUAUACUGUAUUAGCCUUUCCCUCCAGCCUCAUGGCCAUCCUCGUGGCACUCGGAAGGGAGGACUGGUUGGGGGUUGGCAGGGAUCCUCUUUCAGCCACCGACUGGUUGGUGCUGCGUUUCUGCUGGCUUCUUACACUCUGUAAAAAAUGAUACUCUGCAUCAUGUGCUCUUUUCAAUAAACAAACUAAUUGUA